GACGAAAGCGGCGCCGCCUCCUGAGCCUCGGCCGGAGCAGCGCAUGCGCGGGAUGGGGCAAGAUGGCGGCGCCCACGGAAGCAGGAGGUUUGGCUGCGCUGGGUGCCCGGGAAGCCGCCGCCGCCGCCCAGGCGCUCUCGCUGCCGGCCGAGGCCUUCGGGAACGACCCCAGCGUGGAGAUGGUGUGGGCCAUGAAGGCCUUCCAGCACGCCGAGGUCUACUUCAACCUGAUUUCUUCUGUUGACCCCAAAUUCCUGAAGCUUACCAAAGUCGAUGACCAGAUCUAUGCCGAAUUCAGGAAGGCCUUUAAGGACCUUGGAAUUGGUGUGCUUGACCCAGAGGACCUUAAAUCUGAACCUGCCAAAGAGAAGUGGCGCCCAUUUUGCUUGCAGUUUGAUGGGAUAGUCGAAGACUUUAAUUACGGCACUCUCCUAAGGUUGAACUGCAGUCAAGGAUACACAGAGGAGAAUACAAUAUUUGCCACCAGGAUCCAGUUCUUUGCCGUUGAAAUAGCCCGUAACCGAGAGGGCUACAACAGCGUUGUUUAUGACAGUGCGAAGAAAGCCAGCUCACACACAGGAGUGUCCAGCUCUGGGUGACAAGACCGUCUGCUUUUCCAGUCAAGGCCAUUCGUUCAAAAGAAAAAGGGGUCUUAGCUUUGCUGCAGGGUCGGCUCUAGCUGAGCAACUGACUGUUCCUGUUUCUAGCCAAAUGCAAAAGUACAACUGCUGCUGGAAUCCUGUUCAGUGCCAAAAUGACCUCCAUGGUGGACAGAAUUAUGUAUUUUGGGGGCUCAACUGCAGCAACUGGCUCCUGUAACUUUAAGUGACUGAGCACAGUGCCAAUAAAAAAUAACCCAUGAAAAUUGGCAGUAGAAGUGAGUUCUAAUGGAACCUGAUUUUCCUACCCUCUUUCAGUAGCACACAAAAUACUGGAAUUAAUACAGCUUCUUCCAGUAUGAAUGUUGAGACUUUCUGUAGAGUCUAAGGUAAACAUUAAAGCUACCUGCAGGACUCUAGCUGGCAUUUGUCAAGACAAAGCAAGCAACUCUCUGCAAUUAAGCCUCAAUCAUGCAGGCACAAGAAGACUUUCCUCAGGAUGAUUUACUUCCAAGUAAACAUAUGGGAUCAAAUUCCUUUUUCUAACAAAAGUACAGUAACCACACUGUAACUGUAACUUAGCAAAGGAUAGCUUUACCUAAUGCAACAGUCACUGUUUUGGUUACUUUCCUGGUUAAAGUGGUUUGGCUUAGGUUCUGUCUACAUAAUGGCUGAAGUUGCAACUAAAGUUGGCCUAGUUGAGUCAGUGGGAUUUAUGGAGGGGCUGACUCACCCACCCUCACUGAUUCAAUGGGCCUACUCUAGUGUUACUUACUAUACAAAGCAGAAGAAUUUCAGCCAGUGUUUUUAGAAUCCAGAGAGUAACUAUAUCAGUUACUUUGACAAAUGAGACAGUUAACUGUAGAUAGCUACUUUGCUGAGCCUUAUAACUAGCUGAUUCUUUUUAAAAACGAUGUGCUUUUUCCAAGGCUGGUAAUGAGAUUGCUUAAAUAAAAUACUGCUACAACCUGUCAUCCUUCUCUUUA